AUGCGGCCCGCGCAGGACCCCGCCAAGGAAGGUGUCGCUUGGCCGGUGCUGCUCUUGCUGUGGGCGCUCGAGAAGCCGCUGAGAGGAGGCUGCUCCGCGGCCGAGUGUGCCCGGGAAGACGCCGACUGCCGCUUCUUAGCUGUGGCUGAUCUCUUCGACCGGGUCAUCCUGCACUCCAACAGGAUCUACAGGCUCUCCACAGCCCUCUACUUAGAUCUGGUGGGCAAAUAUUUUCUACCUGGUGGGAACGAGCUGACCAAAUCUGUUGGCAAAUGCCACACCUCCUGGUUGUUGACUCCCAAUGCCAAAGAAUAUGUUCAGAAAAUGCCAAGAGAAGAGCUGACGCAAUUGAUCCUAAGGCUUUUGCAAGGCUGGAAAGAGCCUCUCUCCCACUUUGACCAGAGCAGAGUCCAUCGUCCUAAAUUGUCGGAUGGGAACCUGCACAAAGCCAAGGAAAUCAGCAACAUGGUGCAGGAGCUGGAGACGGGAGUGGAAAAAAUCACGGAGAAGAUGCAAUCAAUGGGGAUUUUCAGCAAUUCACUCAGCAGUGUGGGAUCAUCUGAAGCAGCUGGUUUAUCCAUUAAUAAUGAAGGCAAUUUAAUGAGUGACUAUGAGUUUAUCCAUUGCUUCAGGAGAGACUCCAACAAAGUACAAAACUACUUAAAAGUUCUCAAAUGUAGGAUUGUGCCAGCAAAUAGUUGUUGAAUUUUUAAAAUCUGCAAUGGCAAGGCAGUUUCCAGGACUAGCAUUGUGUAUUGUCUGUGGAGGUUGAGCAAAAUAAU